CCGUGCCUGCAGACGCGCGGAUCGUCCAUGCGCUCCUCGCCGGCAGAAUGUUGGGCAGCAGCGUCAAGAGCGCGCAGCCCGAGGUGGAGCUGAGCGGCUGCGGCGCGGACGAGGGCGCGGACGAGCCCCGGGGAGCUGGCAGGAAGGCGGCGGCGGCGGCGGACGGCAGAGGCAUGCUGCCCAAACGCGCCAAGGCGCCGGGCAGCGGCAGCGGCAUGGCCAAAGCCAGCGCGGCCGAACUAAAGGUCUUCAAAUCGGGCAGCGUGGACGGCCGGGUGCCCGGCGGGCCGCCCGCCUCCAACCUGCGCAAGCAGAAAUCGCUCACUAACCUCUCGUUCCUCACCGACUCCGAGAAGAAGAUGCAGCUCUACGAGCCCGAGUGGAGCGACGAUAUGGCCAAGGCGCCCAAGGGCUUGGGCAAGGCGGGGGCCAAGGGCCGCGAGGCCCCGCUCAUGUCCAAGACCCUGUCCAAAUCGGAGCACUCGCUCUUUCAGGCUAAGGGCAGCCCGGCCAGCGGCGCCAAGACCCCGCUGGCCCCGCUCGCGCCCAGCCUGGGAAAGCCCAGCCGGAUCCCGCGCGGCCCCUAUGCCGAGGUCAAGCCGCUCAGCAAGGCCCCGGAGGCGGCCGUGAGCGACGACGGCAAGUCGGACGACGAGCUGCUGUCCAGCAAGGCCAAGGCGCAAAAGGGCUCCGCGCCCGCGUCCGCCGCCAAGGGCCAGGAGGAGCGCGCCUUCCUCAAGGUGGACCCAGAGCUGGUGGUGACCGUGCUCGGAGACCUGGAGCAGCUGCUUUUCAGCCAGAUGCUGGACCCCGAGUCCCAGAGAAAGAGGACAGUGCAGAAUGUUCUGGAUCUUCGGCAGAACCUGGAGGAGACCAUGUCCAGCCUCCGUGGCUCCCAGGUGGCGCACAGCUCCCUGGAGAUGGCCUGCUACGACAGCGACGACGCCAACCCCCGCAGCGUGUCCAGCCUCUCCAACCGCUCCUCGCCGCUCUCCUGGCGCUACGGCCAGUCCAGCCCGCGGCUGCAGGCGGGGGACGCGCCGUCGGCGGGCGGCAGCUGCCGCUCCGAGGGGCCGCCCGCCUGGUACAUGCACGGCGAGCGCGCCCACUACUCGCACACCAUGCCCAUGCGCAGCCCCAGCAAGCUCAGCCACAUCUCCCGCCUGGAGCUGGUCGAGUCCCUGGACUCGGACGAGGUGGACCUCAAGUCCGGCUACAUGAGUGACAGCGACCUCAUGGGCAAGACCAUGACGGAGGACGACGACAUCACGACAGGCUGGGAUGAAAGCAGCUCCAUCAGCAGUGGCCUCAGCGAUGCAUCCGACAACCUCAGCUCAGAGGAGUUCAAUGCCAGCUCGUCACUCAACUCCCUCCCAACGACUCCCACUGCCUCUCGCCGGAACUCCACAGUAGUGCUGCGCACUGACUCGGAGAAGCGCUCGCUCGCAGAAAGUGGGCUGAACUGGUUUAGUGAGUCAGAGGAGAAGACCCCCAAGAAGCUGGAGUACGACAGCGGCAGCCUGAAGAUGGAGCCCGGGACCUCGAAGUGGCGGCGGGAGCGGCCUGAGAGCUGCGAUGACGCCUCCAAAAUCGGGGAACUGAAAAAGCCCAUCAGCCUGGGCCACCCUGGCUCCCUGAAGAAGGGCAAGACACCGCCCGUGGCCGUCACCUCCCCCAUCACUCACACAGCCCAGAGCGCCCUUAAGGUCGCAGGCAAACCUGAAGGCAAGGCCCCCGACAAGGGGAGGCUGGCGGUCAAGGGCACAGGCCUCCAGCGCUCCUCCUCGGACGCAGGCCGAGAUCGCCUGAGUGAGGCAAAGAAGCCCCCCUCGGGCAUCGCCCGCCCGUCCACCUCAGGGUCUUUUGGCUACAAGAAGCCUCCUCCUGCCACGGGCACCGCCACCGUCAUGCAGACGGGGAGCUCGGCCACGCUCAGCAAGAUCCAGAAGUCAUCGGGCAUCCCUGUCAAGCCUGUGAACGGACGCAAGACCAGUUUAGAUGUGUCCAACAGCGUGGAGCCUGGCUUCCUGUCCCCCGGAGCCCGCUCCAACGUCCAGUACCGCAGCCUGCCCCGGCCGGCCAAGUCCAGCUCCAUGAGCGUGACCGGGGGCCGUCCUGGCCCCCGCCCCGUGAGCAGUAGCAUCGACCCCAGUCUGCUGAGCACCAAGCAGGCAGGCCUAACCCCCUCCCGGCUGAAGGAGCCUUCCAAGGUGGCCAGUGGCCGCACCACUCCAGCCCCCGUCAACCAGACGGAUCGGGAAAAGGAGAAGGCCAAGGCCAAAGCAGUGGCCUUGGAUCCAGACAGCAUCUCCCUGAAGACAGUGGGCUCCCCCGAGAGUACCCCCAAGAACCAGCCCAGCCACCCGCCGGCCCCCAAGCUGGCAGAGCUCCCCCCCACCCCUCUCAGGGCCGUGUCCAAGAGCUUUGUCAAGCCUCCCUCGCUGGCCAAUCUCGACAAGGUCAACUCCAACAGCCUGGACCUGCCCUCGUCCGCUGAUGGCCACACCUCCAAGGUCCCCGAGCUGCACGCUCCCAGCUCAGGCGCUGGCGGCCCGCUCACGUCUUGCUUCACCCCCAGCCCAGCACCCAUCCUCAAUAUUAACUCAGCCAGUUUCUCCCAGGGCCUGGAGCUCAUGAGUGGCUUCAGCGCCCCCAAAGAGAGCCGCAUGUACCCCAAACUCUCAGCCCUGCACAGGAGCAUGGAGUCCCUCCAGAUGCCCAUGAGCCUGCCCAGUGCCUUCCCCAGCAGCACCCCCAUCCCCACCCCGCCCGUGCCCCCUGCUGCAGCCCCGGAGGAAGAAGCAGAAGAGCUGACGUGGAGCGGCAGCCCCAGGACCGGGCAGUUGGAUGGCAGUCAACGGGAUCGGAACACCCUGCCCAAGAAAGGACUCAGGUACCAGCUGCAGCCGCAGGAGGAGGCCAAGGAGCGGCGCCACUCCCACACCGCCGGGGGGCUGCCCGAGUCGGACGACACGGCGGAGCUCCCGUCGCCCCCGGCGCUCUCCGUGUCACUGAGUGCCAAGGGCCAGCUCACCAACAUAGUGAGUCCCUCUGCGGCCACCACGCCGAGAAUCACCCGCUCCAACAGCAUCCCCACCCACGAGGCGGCCUUCGAGCUGUACAGCGGCUCCCAAAUGGGGAGCACCUUGUCCCUGGCCGAGAGACCCAAGGGGAUGAUCCGGUCAGGAUCCUUCCGAGACCCCGCGGACGAUGUUCACGGCUCGGUGCUGUCUCUGGCCUCCAGUGCCUCCUCCACCUACUCCUCAGCUGAGGAGAGGAUGCAGUCUGAGCAAAUCCGGAAGCUUCGCAGAGAACUGGAGUCCUCCCAGGAGAAAGUGGCCACGCUGACGUCUCAGCUUUCUGCCAACGCGAAUCUCGUGGCGGCCUUUGAGCAGAGCCUGGUGAACAUGACAUCCCGCCUGCGGCACCUGGCAGAGACGGCAGAGGAGAAGGACACGGAGCUCCUGGACUUGCGGGAAACCAUCGACUUCCUGAAGAAGAAGAACUCUGAGGCGCAGGCUGUCAUUCAGGGAGCCCUUAAUGCCUCAGAAGCCACCCCCAAAGAACUUCGGAUCAAGAGACAGAACUCCUCAGACAGCAUCUCGAGCCUCAACAGCAUCACCAGCCAUUCCAGCAUCGGCAGUGGCAAGGACGCUGAUGCAAAGAAGAAGAAAAAGAAGAGUUGGCUCCGAAGCUCCUUCAACAAAGCCUUCAGCAUCAAAAAGGGCCCCAAGUCUGCUUCCUCCUAUUCGGACAUCGAGGAGAUCGCCACCCCCGACUCCUCAGCGCCCUCCUCACCCAAGCUCCAACACGGCUCCACCGACACGGCCUCACCCUCCAUCAAGUCCUCCACCUCGUCCUCCGUGGGCAUCGAUGCCACCGAGGCCCCUGCUCACCCAGCCCCCCACACUCGGCUGUUCCAAGCCAAUGAGGAGGAGGAGCCCGAGAAGAAGGAGGUGUCGGAGCUUCGCUCGGAGCUGUGGGAAAAGGAGAUGAAGCUGACGGACAUCCGUCUGGAAGCCCUCAACUCAGCCCACCAGCUGGACCAGCUGCGGGAGACCAUGCACAACAUGCAGUUGGAGGUGGACCUGCUGAAGGCAGAGAAUGACCGGCUGAAGGUCGCCCCGGGCCCCUCAGCGGGCUCCACUCCAGGGCAGGUCCCUGGGUCAUCUGCACUGUCCUCCCCACGCCGCUCCCUGGGCCUCACCCUCACCCAUUCCUUCAGCCCCAGCCUCACAGACACAGACCUCUCGCCCAUGGAUGGCAUCAGCACAUGUGGCCCCAAGGAGGAGGUGGUUCUUCGGGUGGUGGUGCGGAUGCCCCCACAACACAUCAUCAAAGGGGACCUGAAGCAGCAGGAGUUCUUCCUGGGGUGCAGCAAGGUCAGCGGGAAGGUGGACUGGAAGACGCUGGAUGACUCCGUUUUCCAGGUGUUCAAGGACUAUAUUUCCAAGAUGGACCCAGCCUCCACGCUGGGCCUGAGCACCGAGUCCAUCCAUGGAUACAGCCUCAGCCACGUGAAACGGGUGUUGGAUGCGGAGCCCCCUGAGCUGCCUCCCUGCCGCCGAGGGGUCAAUAACAUCUCUGUCUCCCUCAAAGGUCUGAAGGAGAAGUGCGUGGACAGCCUGGUGUUCGAGACGCUGAUCCCCAAGCCCAUGAUGCAGCACUACAUCAGCCUCCUGCUCAAGCACCGGCGCCUCGUCCUCUCGGGCCCCAGUGGCACGGGCAAGACCUACCUGAGCAAUCGAUUGGCCGAGUACCUGGUGGAGCGCUCGGGCCGCGAGGUCACGGAGGGCAUCGUCAGCACCUUCAACAUGCACCAGCAGUCUUGCAAGGACCUGCAGCUGUAUCUCUCCAACCUGGCCAACCAGAUAGACCGGGAAACCGGGAUCGGCGAUGUCCCCUUGGUGAUCCUGCUGGAUGACCUGAGUGAAGCAGGCUCCAUCAGCGAGCUGGUCAAUGGGGCCCUCACCUGCAAGUACCACAAAUGCCCCUAUAUCAUAGGCACCACCAACCAGCCUGUAAAAAUGACCCCCAAUCAUGGCUUGCACUUGAGUUUCAGAAUGCUGACCUUCUCCAACAACGUGGAACCGGCCAACGGCUUCCUGGUCCGUUACCUGCGGAGGAAGCUGGUGGAGUCGGAUAGCGACAUCAAUGCCAACAAGGAGGAGCUGCUGCGGGUGCUCGACUGGGUGCCCAAGCUGUGGUACCAUCUCCACACCUUCCUGGAGAAGCACAGCACUUCCGACUUCCUCAUCGGCCCGUGCUUCUUUCUGUCCUGUCCCAUUGGCAUUGACGACUUCCGGACCUGGUUCAUUGACCUGUGGAACAACUCCAUCAUCCCCUACCUACAGGAAGGAGCCAAGGACGGCAUCAAGGUCCAUGGACAGAAGGCCGCCUGGGAGGACCCUGUGGAGUGGGUCCGGGACACUCUUCCCUGGCCAUCAGCCCAACAGGACCAGUCUAAGCUGUACCACCUGCCCCCGCCCACCGUGGGCCCGCACAGCAUCGCCUCCCCUCCUGAGGACAGGACAGUCAAAGACAGCACCCCAAGCUCCUUAGACUCAGACCCUCUGAUGGCCAUGCUGCUGAAACUUCAAGAAGCUGCCAAUUACAUUGAGUCUCCAGACCGAGAAACCAUCCUGGACCCCAACCUUCAGGCCACGCUCUGAGGAUGUCGCCACACUGUCACCCCGGACAGGACCGCGAAGCGCUGACAUCAGCCACGUGAAUGCCUCCUCUCUGGCUCUUCGGCACAGGGGAGACCAGGAGGGUGGAGGAGGUGCAGGAAAGGGGCGGGUUCUUGGUGCUGCACCUUUAGGACUUGGAGUAAGGAUUGAUGGGGUGGAGUUCGGGACCGCGUGUUCCUUAGAUAUAUUUGCUGGCCUCCUCUCAUGGACUGGGGGCAAAGAUGAUUCUGGGUCUUUCCCCUUGAUUUCUUCUGUCAAUUGCAAACUCCUGGGCUUUCUGGGGAGGACUUCCGAAGACACAGGUCAAACCUCGCAGCAGUUCCCAGUUCUCGGGAGCAGCCCUGAGACAGUCCUGCGUGUGGAAGUCGGGUGAGGGAGGUGGAACCUUCAGAGUUCCUCGGAUCCUCCCCAGUUCUAUCAUCAAUGCCGACUUUCCCCCCCAGAGAGCUGGGUGAAGCCCCGACACAAAGAAGCAUGUGGUUUAAAAAAUGUUUAAAUCAAUCUGUAAAAGUCUUUUUUAAAAAAUGGAAAAGAUGAAACUGGAGAGAAGGGAACCAGCAGCCAAGGGAGGGUGCGCUGCCUCCCCCCCAACCCCCCAACCUCUGGGUGACGUAGGGGACGCUGACAAGACAGCUGCCAAUCGAAGAUGUUGCCAAACCACAAAAAGAACAUCCCGGCCUUCCGAGACGGCGAGCUCUCACACCCUCUAAUUUAACGCGCCCGAGAGUCAAUAAACCCUACUUCUUAUAUAUAUAUAUAUAUUUUUAAUUUUGGUUUUUGGUUUUAUUUCCUUUUUUUCCUCCCAUAUGCCUAUUUAUUUUCCUUUUCCUUCUGUUUUUGCUUUUCCAACCCUGUUUUCUCACAUGUCCCCAGAGGCUGAAAUUGUUGCUUUUCUGAUGUGAGCUGGUUUGGCUUUUCCAAGUGGGUUUUCCCUGGAGACCCCAAUGGCAUCUAAUUGGCAGAAGCCGGUCAUCUCCCAGCCACUGUUUCGGACCCUGUGAGCUUUCCUGAGACACGAAGCAUGGACUCAGAAGCAGUGGGAGAAGAAGAACCCUGACUGUCCUUUCGAGAAAGCACACGUUCUCCUGGACACUUGCCGCCUGCUUCCCGUGGGCAAGCAUGUCACCUUAUCUUGAGAGAAGAUCGAAUCUGAGCUCCACCGGGGACCAGAGGGAAGCCAGGAAGCUCAAACUAGGCCUCCAUCACAGGGCCCUGCCCUGCGUGUUUCUGAUGACAGCUUCUGCUCACUAAUCCUAAUCCCUCCCAAGGUCCCUACUUGUUGUUGACAAGUGGACACCCACAGAGUCUGGGCAUCCUUGGGAGAAGUCCCAAUCUGAAUACAAGGCUCAUGGAGCUCCCUUUGGGGGCCAGCCCCUGCUUUCCAAAGGUUUCCUGCUUUUUCAGAAGUUACACUCAAGUCUGGCCAUGUCUGUUCCUCCAUUCAGCAGGUACUUGGCAGUACGUCCUGCCACCUGGUUUUAAAAGGACUUGGGCCCUAAAUUCCCAGUCUAGAGGGAACACAUCUUAUUUCGUAGAGCUUCAGGUCAUCUAAGAAAUGAGCCUGAGUC